GUUUUGGCGGCCGGCGAAGCAGUCGCAAAAGCAUUAUCGCGUGCAGUUAGAGAAGAGAUUAGACAAAGUCAACAAGCUGCAACGAGGCAUGCCACGCAAACUGGACAGUCAGCCAACGAAGCCAGAGAAAGCGCUAAUGCUAAUGCACGGAUGGGAAUUAGUUUAGAGGAAUCUUUGAAGAUUUUGAAUAUCAAGCCGCCGAUUGAUCCUAAAGAAGUUGAGAAGAAUUACGAUCAUUUGUUUCAAAUCAAUGAUAAGAACAAAGGAGGAUCGUUUUAUCUACAGUCAAAAAUUUACCGAGCGAAAGAGCGGAUAGAUGAGGAGUUACGUAGACAAGGGGUUGAAGUUAGACAAGAACCGCAAAGCAAUGAGCAAAAGAAAGUCGAAGAAGAGAAGUAA